CUGAGUGUUCCUCCCUGAGCGCUGGUGAUCACUCUCUCUCUCUCUCUCUCUCGCUCACAGCUCCAGCCUUUCCCCAUUUGGCCCUGGGAAGCAGAUCAUGUGAAGUGUCCGAGAGGGGAUUGCAACCAUGUCGGAAAGGUACCACAAAGCCGCCAGGGAUGGCUACUUGGCUCUUCUGAAAGAAGCCACCAGGAAGGAUCUGAACACUCCAGAUGGUGAUGGGAUGACCCCCACCCUGUGGGCUGCCUAUCAUGGCCAAGUGGAGGCUUUGCAGCUGAUCUGCAGCAGAGGAGGUGAACCCAAUGUUUGUGAUAUCUGGGGCAAUACCCCCUUGCAUCAUGCUGCGACCAAUGGCCACCUUCACGUUGUCACAUUCUUAAUCAAUUUUGGUGCCAACAUCUGGGCACUGGAUAAUGACUUCCACUCCGCCAUGGAUGCCGCCGCCGCCAAGGACCGGAUGGAGUGCGUCCGUCUGCUGGACACCGCGGCAACCAAGCAAAACAUCACCCACCCCAAGCAAGUGGCCAGGCUGAAGGAGAAGGCUAGAAAGGAUGCCGAGAAGCAGAUCAAGGAGUGCGAGCGACUCAAGAAAAAGCACGAGAACAGAAGGAACAAGAAAUACACCCGGGAAAUGGAAGCCAGUAGCUCUGGCAGUGGCCCAAUGCACGGAGAAACCGUGUCCAGCUUGAGUCACCAUUUCUCCAAGGUGAGCACAUCACAAAGAUCAGGCACUGCCCCUUCAUUCAUGAAAGGAAGUUUGCAGAAGAAGCUUAAGAAGAAAGAAGGCAAGGCCACCGCGGAAAGGCAACUGGGGAAGGAUGUGAUCUUUGUGAGCCACGAAGGCAGCAACGGACUACGGACCAACGUGAUAGAUGUGUUCGGUGAAGAGGAGAAUCGAGCCUCAGAGAGAUCAGAUGAAGCACGGGAGUUUGAAGAUGGUGAUCAUUUUGGCCAUGAGUCCCUCUUCAAACGGGCUGGUUUGGGAAAUAUGCUCUUCAGAAGAAAUUUUACCUUAGGUAUGGGUAUAGAAGAGGAGAUGUCAACCGAGAAUGAGAUUGAGGAUGCUGGCUCGAGAUUACGGAAUGAACUGUUGAAAUCUGAUUGGGGUUUGAAGAUGGCAGAAAACCUUGAGGAUGUGGAUGAAGACCUGGAGGAGGAAUUACCUUGGAAUGAGGAAGAUAUAGGGCUGGAUGAUGAUGAACCUGGGACAACACCCCUGGAAGCUUUUCUAGCGUCGCAGAAUAUGAUGGAGUUCAUCCCGUUCCUUGCAAGAGAACAGAUUGACCUGGACUCCCUCAUGCUAUGCUCCGAUGAUGAUCUGAGAGGCAUUCGGUUGCCACUUGGCCCAAGGAAAAAGCUGCUUUCUGCGGUGGAAAAACGGAAAAUGAUCAUAAAAAAUCCCCAAAAACUGAUAGACACUGUAUUGUAAGCAGCACAGUAUUAAACACCAAGCUAGCAAAAGGGUGAGACAUUAAACCGAGGUACCCUCUACCUGUUCAGGUGGAUGUUAAAGGUCCCUUUGUGAAAGAAAGUUCUUCUACCAUUAAUUUUCUGGCCUUAACUGUGCAGAAUGGCUGAUCUCCCCUCCAGAAACUACUCCUGCAUUAGUUACCGCCUUUGUGGGUAGGAGGACGGGAGAUUAGCAAAAAAAAAAACACUUGAAACUGGAAGUCUUUUGCCUCCGACACACAUCAGAAAUUCAGGUCUGUCCUUUUUGAGUUUCUCCCACCGCUGCACAGCCAAAUAAAGCAACAGCCUCUCACUCUUACUGACAACUUUGAAGUGCAUCAAAACAGUCACAUUAUCUUCAGUUGAAUCAUUGGAUCAUGAAAAGCUAAACUUGGGAGAAGAGAAUGCUACAAGAGUAAAAUCAUUUGAAUGUGUUUAAACCACGUAGUCGGGUGCUUUGGAAGUCACAGCUAAGAAAAAUAUUAACAUUCCAAUUCCUGUAUUUCUAUAACACUUUUGUUUAGCUUUAUGACAGUUUCAUUUCAUAUAGACAUUCAUAAAGCGCUUUUGAGGAGUUUUGACAGUCCAGGCACAAUAAAAGCACAAAUGAAGUAGGAUAGCUCCACAUACCUUGAAACUAAUAGGAAUGAAUUUGUCCUGCAGAAUGUUGAUUCGUCAUUUGAUGUAAGAAAUUACGUGGUAAUAAAGUUUAAAGUUGGUUGACAUUAA